AUUUUGCACUUUGAGCUGCUACGACAAAUAAUCAGGAAAUGAAUUCAACUCUUCAGCUGAAAGAACCUGCAACAUAGUGUGUCCGUCUCUGUUGUUCAUAUGCAGUGAAAUGGCAGAAGCCAAUAUUUCAGUGGGACAGGAUGAGUUCAUGUGUCCAGUGUGUCUGGAUCUACUGAAGAAUCCAGUGACCAUUCCUUGUGGACACAGUUACUGUAUGAGCUGUAUUACCGGCUGCUGGAAUCAGGAUGAUCAGAAGGGAGUUUACAGAUGCCCUCAGUGCAGACAGACCUUCACUCCAAGACCUGCUUUAGGUAAAAACACCAUUUUGGCUGAAAUGGUGGAGAAACUGAAGAAGACUAAACUCCAAGCUGCUGUUCCUGCUGAAUCUGGAGAUGUGGAGUGUGACAUCUGCACUGGAAGAAAACACAAAGCCGUCAAGUCCUGUCUGGUGUGUCUGGAAUCUUACUGUCAGACUCAUUAUGAACGUCAUGAAGAAUUUCGCUCAAGAAAGCCACACAAAGUGAUCGAUGCCACUGGACGACUCCAGCAGAUGAUCUGUCCUCAACACGGUAAACAACUAGAAAUCUACUGCCGCACUGACCAGCGCUGUAUUUGUUACCUGUGUACAAUGGAUAAACACAAAAAACAUGAAACUGUAAGAGUUACAGAAGAGAUUACUAAGAAACAGAAACAUCUGGAACAAACACAAAAAAACUUCCAAAACAGAAUCCAGCAGAGAGAGAAAGAUCUCCAGGAGCUGAAAGAGGUUGUGCAGACUCAUAAGCGCUCCACGCAGGCAGAAGUAAAGAACAGUGAGAGGAUCUUUACUGAGUUGAUCCGCUUCAUUGUGAGAAGCCGCUCUACGGUGACACAACUGAUCGAAUCUCGGGAAAAGACUGUAGUGAGAUCAACUGAAAAACUCAUGAAGCAAAUGAAGCAGGAGAUUGAUGACCUGAAGAGACAAGAUGCUGAAAUUAAGCAGCUUUCACACACAGAGCAUCACAUCCUUUUCCUACAGAGUUUCAGGUAUUUCCCAUUUCCCCCCAAAUCUACAAAAUAUUUCAAGACUGCCAGCAAUACUCAUAUACAUUAUGAUGAUGUUAGAAAAUCUGUCUCUCUGCUACAAAAGAAAGUUGAGGAUUUUUGCAAAGAGACAAUGGGAAAGAUAUCUAGUAGAGUGAGAUACACUGGGGUCGAUUACUCAUCUGAGGAGGAAGAGGAUGAUGAGGAAGAUGAGGAUGAUGAUGAGGAGGAGGAGGAUGAGGAGGAAGAUGAGGAUGAUGAGGAAGAUGAGGAUGAUGAGGAAGAUGAGGAUGAUGAGGAAGAUGAGGAUGAGGAGGAUGAUGAGGAAGAGGAGGAAGAUGAGGAUGAUGAGGAAGAUGAUGAUGAGAACGAGGAAGACUUACAAUGUAAGGGUUACUAAUAAAAUGCACACACACAAUGUAUGAUUGAUUCCCAAACUUCUUUUGUCAGCAGGACCUCUUUGAAUUAAUAUUCACUUGAAGUUCCCCCUGAUUUAAUAAGUUAGUAGUUAAUAAUUUAACAACAUAUUUGCAUUAUCACAGUCUGUCAAGGUGUUGCAGGAUGCCAUGUUGACUGCAUUACCCACUAACCUGUCUGCUCAAUAAGCAUACUUAAGGGGUUCUAGCAAGGGUCCAAUAAUAUUCUUCGGGUGGACCAAUACCAGGCUCUCAAAUGACUUCAUGACCACUGACAUUAAGUCAUUCAGUCCUGUGAUCUUUGGAUUAUUUGGGAUGGGGAUGAUGGUGAAGCAUUUGAACCAGGAAAGGACUUUGCACUGCUCCAGAGAUCUGUUGAAGAUCUGGGUGAAGAUGGGUGAAAGCUAGUCUGCACAGACUAUCAGACAGGUGGAUGAGACACUGUUUGGACCAAGAGCUUUCCUAAUCUUCUGUCUUGUAUUCGGUGAUGUCUUUAUGUCUUUUCCACACUGAUAACUGAAAACUUUCAGCUUUUCAGAGUAGCUUCUCUUAGCUUCUUACCAGUGCUCUGAAACUGGCAUGGAUGUCACAGUAUUGGUGAGCUCAUCCGGAUCAGUGGCUGCAGCCAAAACACUCAAUCAGUGGAUUCAAAACAGUCUUGUAGAUCUUUCUCUACUUCAUAGGUGCAUCUCUUUACAGUCCUUACUGCAGGCUUGGCAGAUUUAAGUUUCUGCCUGUAGGUCAGGAGAAGAUGAACUAGGCAGUGAUCAGAGAGUCCAAAAGCUGCUCUGGGAACUGAACAAUAUACGUUCUUUAUUGUGGUGUAGUAGUGGUAAAGAAUGUUUCUGUCUCUGGUGGGGCAUGUAAUGUCCUCUCUGUAUUUGGGCAGCUCAAGGGACAGGUUUGCUCUGUUAAAGUCCCAGAGAAUAAUAUCAGAGUCUGGAUGUUGUUGCUCCAUGUUGUUUUUUUCCACUUUGCAUAGACUUGAGGAGGAAUGCUCUAAAUAGCUGGAGGCCUGGCAGAUGUAAUCUACUGUCCAGAAUAGAUUAGUUAUCCAGGUUUCUAUGUAGCACAAAGUAGUAGAGCUGGAAAUGUCCUUAUUUGUCCAGGUGAGGAGAGGAAUUUCACUGAAUAAUUCACAAUAGGGUCUUAAAGCCAAACUGUCAAAGCUUUACAAACAUGUUAACACAUUUCACUUAUUUGCAUCUUCUGGAGCAUCUAUUUAGAACCACCACUUUGACUAAAAUGUCCAGAGAAAUGUCUAAGUUGUAAAAAAAAAGAAAAAAGAAAAAAAAGGUAGGUGCGAACUGCCUGAAGCAGUUCAUCUCCUGUAAAUGUUAUGGGGAAAAAGUUAUUAAAGACAGGACAAACAAACAAUUAAAAAAAAAAAAAAACAGGAGCUCCACAAACCGAGAACUUAUGGAACAUCUUAGUGUUUUUUUUGUUUUGUUUUUUUUGUUUUUUUUUUACAAAUAUGUACCUUUGCUUGACUAAAUGUUUAACUUUAGACCAUGAACUUUUCUCCACAGUGUCACAGUCAUUGUCCAGGUUAUUCAGAAAACCAGGGUCACAGCUCAGACCCUACACAACAUUAGAGUCACAGUCCAGGAGCUUCAGAGAGCCAGGGUCACAGCUCAGACCCUCCACAACAUUAGAGUCACGGCCCAGGAGCUUCAGAGAUCCAGGGUCACAGCUCAGACCCUCCACAUUUGUACAGUCACGGUCCAGGAGCUUCAGAGAGCCAGGGUCACAGCUCAGGCCCUUCACAAUAGUAGAGUCACGGUCCAGGAGCUUCAGAGAGCCACGGUCACAGCUCAGACCCUUCACAAUAGUAGAGUCACUGUCCAGGUUAUUCAGAAAACCAGGGUCACAGCCCAGAACCUACACAACAUUAGAGUCACAGUCCAGGAGCUUCAGAGAUCCAGGGUCAUAGCCAAGACCCUCCACAAUAUUAGUCAAGGUCCAGGAGCUUCAGAGAUCCAGGGUUACAGCCCAGACCCUCCACAAUAUUAGUCAAGGUCCAGGAGCUUCAGAGUUCAAGGGUCAAAGCUAAGAUCCUCCACACAUUAGAGUCACAGUCCAGGAGCUUCAGAGAUCCAGGGUCACAGCUCAGGCCCUUCACAAUAGUAGAGUCACUGUCCAGGUUAUUCAGAAAACCAGGGUCACAGCCCAGACCCUCCACCCAUUAGAGUCACAGUCCAGGAGCUUCAGAGAUCCAGGGUCAUAGCCAAGACCCUCCACAAUAUUAGUCAAGGUCCAGGAGCUUCAGAGAUCCAGGGUUACAGCCCAGACCCUCCACAAUAUUAGUCAAGGUCCAGGAGCUUCAGAGUUCAAGGGUCAAAGCUAAGAUCCUCCACACAUUAGAGUCACAGUCCAGGAGCUUCAGAGAUCCAGGGUCACAGCCCAGACCCUCCACACAUUAGAGUCACAGUCCAGAAGCAUCAGAGACCCAGAGUCACAGCCCAGACCCUCCACACAUUAGAGUCCAGUCAUGGAGCUUCAGAGAGCCACGGUCACAGCUCAGACCCUCCACAAUAGUAGAGUCACGGUCCAGGAGCUUCAGAGAUCCAGGGUUACAGCCCAGACCCUCCACAAUAGUAGAGUCAUGGUCCAGGAGCUUCAGAGAGCCAGGGUCACAGCCCAGACCCUCCACACAUUAGAGUCCAGUCAUGGAGCUUCAGAGAUCCAGGGUCACAGCCCAGACCCUCCACAAUAUUAGUCAAGGUCCAGGAGCUUCAGAGUUCAAGGGUCAAAGCUAAGACCCUCCACACAUUAGAGUCACAGUCCAGGAGCUUCAGAGAUCCAGGGUCACAGCCCAGACCCUCCACACAUUAGAGUCACAGUCCAGAAGCAUCAGAGACCCAGAGUCACACCUGCCCAAUUCUGUUCCUGGAGAUCUAUUGACCUGCAGAGUUCAGAUCCAACCUGAUCCAAUACACCUGUCUGUAAUUAUCAAGUGCAACCAAUCUGCCCUCUGAUGCAGCCUGAAUCAAUCACAUGGUGAUCAAUCAAUCAUAUUUGACUGCACUGACACUAUUGGAUGAGAACUUAGAGAACUUAGUUGGAUGAUGACAUCUGGGCUGUAAUUCGGGAACACAUCGAAGGAAACCAAAACCAAUAACCAAUUAACAUAUGAAUAAGACAGCUUGGAGGCAUGGCACACAGCAUGCUGAUCUGUGCUGUGACUCUCCUACAGCUCAUGCUGAAUUGAGCAGUGCCAUUGAAUUUUUUAAUUGUAGUGUCUGUGCUCUAACUGAACUAAAUUAUUUUUAUUACUAAAACAACAGUGGGGGCGGUGCCGCGGUGGGCAAGUUGUCAGUGUACGGCUGAACACUAUAUGUAACACCAGUAACACCAACUAUCACGGCAAGCUUAACACACACAUGUUGGGUUUUUAUGAGGACAUUCCAUAAACAAUUAUUUUUAUACUGUACAAACUUUAUAUUCUAUCCCCUAACCCUAAAACUUUCUGCAUUUUUAUAUUUUCAAAAAUAAAUAUAUAAAAGUAGUAUGAUUAUUAUAAGCUGUUUUCCUCAUGGGGACCAAAAAAUUUCCCCACUAGGACAAGGAUUUCAGAUAUUGCCAUGUUUGUGGGGGCAUAUUGUCCCCAUAAUGUAGGAACACCUGAACAAAACAAACACCUUUACAGUUAGUUCAUGACUUUCCCAGCAGUCUGGAGGAAAAAAAUACAGGAUCCAAACAUGCAGGACUUAUCCCUCUUGACAGGACACAAGAAUGCCUCUAAUUCCAGAAUACAAAUAAGACACACACAGGACAAAAGGACAGACAUCUUCUCGGUCUUGCUUUAAAGCAAACAUCCAAUGAGUGUGCCAGUAUGCCAGGGGAGAUAAUGAGAGUGACAAGUAAAAAAUAAAAAAAAUUUGCAAACAGUCUCUGUGGUUGUGGUUUAGCAUGGCGGAAAACCAAAUCCCACUUACCAAAUCAUUUAAAUUGGGGAAAUGAUAAAUAUCUAACAGAUUUGGAUUUUCACUUAAUGUAAAAAAAAAAAAAAAAAGUACAUUUUGAAAUUGUCAAAAUAUUAAAUAAAACUUGAAAAGUUAA